AUGUCCGAGUAUUCUUUUGUGAUUCCGUUUCCCGGUGGCUCGCAAGCAGAUGCUGAGAGAGGUCACGGUUUCCAUGCCAUUCUUCGACUUGCGCCUGCUCUAGGAAAUACUGGUUUCCCAACAGAUCGAACAUGCCGCGGGCGUCGUCUCGCCGUUUUCACGCAUGGUCUUUUGUCGCAUAAGAAUGGGAUUUUUUUCAAGCCACUCGCUUCUUUGUUAGACAUGGACUCGCUUCGUUGGGAUAUGUCGGGGGAGGGCAGCACGCCUGGGACGUGGCAUGCUGGCCAUUACGACGACGCUGCAGACGAGCUAUUUCAUGUGGUAAAUUACAUGCAUCAACGCUUCGGAUAUGUUGUUGAUCUCAUGAUUGGCCAUUCUAAAGGAUGCGCGGUUCAAGCAACAUACAUCUCCCGGUACUGCACACCAUGGCCCAUGCGUCAGCAUCGGCCUCCAUCGCGUAUGAUCUUUGUAAAUGGUCGUGUAUUCAUGUCGCGCAUACGGCGUUUGGAUGCAAAAUUCCAGCCCGAUUUUGAUAAACAGGGUUACAGCUCUUUGUCUCUCACAGUUCGUGGGCAAAAGGUUGAAUUCAAAUUGUACCCAGAGGACCACGAAUCUCAGUGCUCUUUUCCUGCCCACGUCCACUACGCCAAUCUUCCAAAUCACAUUCAAUGUUAUAUUGCACACGGAACUCUAGACAAUGUGGUCCCUGUCAUCGAUGCUGGCGAGAUGGCCAACAUUUUCACGGCACAACCAGGUCGUCCCGCUGGCUCUGUUCAUGUCAAUCUGAUCGAACAGGGAGACCACAAUCUCAAAGGUGACGCACUGCAGGUCUUUUUGGACGGCGUGCGCUUAUGGCUUGAGCAAACGUCAUCAACGCCUGCGCUUCUUGGUAACCGUAUGCUUAUAUCAAAUCCAACGAAUGGCGAGCGGGGUGUCUUCAUCGUGGUUGAGGGUCUCGAUCGCUCGGGUAAGUCCACACAGGUUGAUAGACUGGUCCAGACGCUCGGUCCGCGUGCAAGGCUUGUCAAGUUUCCGGAGCGCACUACCCCCAUCGGAUCCAUGAUUCACUCGUACCUUAAGAACCAAACUGACGCGUGUGACCAAACUGUACAUCUGCUAUUCUCGGCAAACCGCUGGGAAUUGCUCUCAUCCAUCGUUCAGAGUCUUAGAGAUGGUCAGCAUGUCAUUUGUGACCGAUACAUUUUCUCUGGCAUGGCCUAUACACAUGCAAAAGGGCUCGAUCUGGCCUGGUGUACAGCACCAGACGUCGGUCUGCCUGUGCCAGACUUGACACUAUUCCUGGAUCUCGAUGAGUCCACGGCUACGAAGCGCGCGGCUUAUGGCGAAGAAAGGUAUGAAAGGCGCGCUUUCCAGCGUCUUGUGCGUCAUGCAUUCGAAAAUGUCGAACAACUCAUGCUCCGAAGCGGCGCGCGUUGGGAGCGACUCGAUGCGAGUGGCACUCUGGAUGAUGUGUGGCAGGCAGUGCAUGCCCAGGUGCAAGAGGUCGUAUCGGCCCCACGAUCAGCCUCGUUGUUUUCCUGGAUUUCCGCUCUGCUGCUUUAG